ACGCCGUAACCCUACGGCGUGAGGUACGCGUCGAUUUACGCGUCAGGCUUUAGGAGGUUCAGGAUGCGCCGCCGUUUUUGUGAAUGAACGCGGAGCUGCGGGGGGGUCAGACGGCUGAUACCGGCGUCCCUCCGCGCACCCCGGAUCCUCCGGACCUUCCGGACCCUCCAUGACCAUGACCCUGGACCGCACAUCCAUGGAGGAGACGGAUUUACGCGCGGACUCGGAGCGGCGCGCAUCCUCCUCCUCCUCCUCCUCCUGCGCCCCGCAGGACCAGGACCAUGGUCCCGGCGGCAGGAGAAGCUCCUCCAAGCCUCCGUACUCCUACAUCGCCCUCAUCACCAUGGCCAUCCUCCAGAGCCCCAAGAAGAGACUCACCCUGAGCGAGAUCUGCGACUUCAUCAGCCUGCGCUUCGCGUAUUACCGAGAGCGCUUCCCGGCGUGGCAGAACUCCAUCCGCCACAACUUGUCCCUGAACGACUGCUUCAUCAAAAUGCCCAGGGAGCCCGGGAACCCCGGCAAGGGGAACUAUUGGACCUUGGACCCCAUGUCGGCCGAUAUGUUUGAGAACGGGAGUUUCCUGCGCCGGAGGAAGCGCUUCAAGAGGCAGCGCUUGUACCUGGAGUCUCUGAAGGAGCGCGGCCUGCAGGCGCCGCCGGCCGCCCUGGGGGCGCACGGCUUCGGCUCGGGUCUCCACGGCUCCCCGGGGGCGGACCUGCACCUCCGGGAGCGCCUGGGCUCCCAUUUCAGCCUCAGCAUCCCCCACGUGAGCGGCAUCCUGCCCGCGCUCUCCUCCAUCAUCUCCAGAGGAUCCCCGGCGCUGCUCGCCUUCGAGCGUCUGGACUCGGGACGCUGCGUCGCGGGGCCGAACCCCCCGUUCAUCACCCCCGCCUCGCUCCACGGGAUCAUGCCCGGCUUCCCCGUUUCACAAUUACCAUUUUUCCCCAACGGGAUCAUAAAAAGUCACCUAAUUUAAUGAAUUUGGGACGAUGACGCUCUUCUUCCACGCUCCCUCCGGAGCCACGGUACCGUCAGUCAGGGGCGUCAAUUGGGUAUGGCAAGGUAUGGCAGCCGCCCCACCGUUGCUUCAAGGGUUAAAUGUAAAUGUGUGUUUUUUAAAUACAUUUAUGGAAUAACUACAAAUGCAAAUAAGAACAACAUGAUCGAUUUCACUAGUUAUUAUACACUGCAAAAAUUCAAAAUCUUA